AUGGCCGUCACAUCAGAUCCCGUAGACAUCCCCAUGGCUAUGUACCAGGUGAUUCCGGCCGCGUUCAAAAUCACAGACAGAAUCAGUGUGGAUUUGAAGAUGUAUUUGAUAGCCUGGCUUUUGAAAAACUGCGGGAAAUGCUUAAAGCUCUUGGAACCGAACUCUUUUUCAGCUGGUGAACGCUCUUCUGAAACCUUUCCAUUUCUUACCGUGAGGAUCUAUGUAGCCGUUUUUGUGACGCAGAUACCGUCUGAAUGUUUUGUAGAGCGCGAUUCCCGAGAACUGCAGCGGCCACAGCAGCCACCAGGAUCCAUGGGUGAUCAGCAACAAAAGAAUCGGCUCGCUAAACUUGAGCUCUGUGUAGAGGUAUGCGGUGGUUUCUGUCUGGGUGACAAACGAGAUCAACGACGUGACAAACAAAACAACAACAAACACGAUCUUAACAUAAGAGAACGAGUACUCGUGCAUGCUGCGCAGACUGCGCAUUUCCGGAACCAGCCCGGCACUGCUGCGCGACUGUCUGCGGAACUUGUUGGACUCCACAAGAAGCGGUUCCAGCGAGCUUAUCGACUGGGCAGGACCGCGCAAGGAGUCUGUCAUAAUGACUUGGAUGUAUAG